AUGAGAUCUAGACUUUUUGCUGAACGUGAUUUGGAUUAUAAACGGGCGGUGGAGCUAGCCCUGGCGUUAGAAGCGGCUGAUAGGCAUGCAGCAACGUCAGCGGUCAGCGGCAGCAUUGCCACAGUUCCAUCCGAUGGCAUCCAUCGCGUGGCAGCGGUGGCAGGGAAGCGCGAGCUACAUCGUGCGGCCGAUGCGCGCGUUUCAUCUACACCGGCAGCGUCCCCCGGGGCGGCAGCGGUGCGACGUAGCCCAUGUCCGCGGUGUGGCAGAGUUGGUCAUGUGGCAGCCAGGUGCCGUUUCAAGGUGUAUCAUUGUGAUAAGUGCGGUGAGAAAGGACAUUUACAAGUUAUGUGCCGUAAGUUCGAAGGUGAUCGCGAAUCAGAACAAUUAAGAACAACUAAAGCUACAGCCCUGGUGCCUAGUUUGCCAGGCGCCAGGGGCGCGAGGGUAAAAAGGGGCGCGCGGGUGGAGUUG